AUGGUUGAAAAUGCGAUGCGCUGGACAGCCGCGCAGUUGCAAGACGUCGCCAGGCUCGGAGGCAGAAAUGCUGCAAAUAACUUUACUGGAAUCAUGAAGUUGAGCACGGAGCACGGCUGCGACAACUUCAGGGGGUCACGAGAAUUUGCAGCAGUAGAGAGGCGUUUUUCUGCGGUCAUGUCGACAGGCGUCGACUUUAACGUUUCCGGCGUGGAUGGUGUCACUGCGUCUUGGUUUGGUCUAUCAUCAGGAGAAUUUUUGGUAGAGAUUUUCGUGGCCAAGCCAACAAUAAUGACAGUCUCUGGAGAGAUAUUGCUCAGGGUCUUUACCAUUCAAAAAAUUGCUGAGCUUUGUCGGGCUUUUGGAACAGCAACUAAAAGCGAGAACAACAUGAACCAGGCCCGUUUCGUUGUCAACGCUGUUAAGGCCCGUUUCGUUGUCAACGCUGUUAAGCCUGUACGUGUGAAAUAA